AUGAAUUCAACGAAUUCGAUCAACCAGUCUACAGAAUAUUAUGACCAUCAUACAGAUACACGUUAUAUCCUUCGUUCUAAAAUUCACAAUCGGAUUCCUUCGCCUGGUUCACAUACUCCUCGUUCAGUUACUCCUCGUCGUUCAACAAAUGAAUACGAUGAUGAUGAUGAAUUUACUUUGGUAAAAUCCAAGAGGCGAAGAAACCAGAACAACAUCAAGCAUAAUUACCAUUACGACUUAGUUCAAGAUAUCCAACCUAAUGUUGUUGAUACUCAUUCAACUACUACACAUCAAGUUCAACAAAUGUUCCAACCAAUAGUACCAACAGUAUCUAUUGAAGCGACACGUUAUGCUCAGACACGUUUCCCGUUUAGUCCUUUCAUUAUUCGAUUUAAUAGUGGUAAUAUUAAAGAAUCACAUGCUGCUGAGCAAAUUACAAAACAUUUCUAUGAUAUUGUGAAAAUCGACGUCAAUAUUGUUAAUAGUCGCAAGUCCACAGUAAAAUGUCAAGGUGAUGAUAGUGAUCUUCUUAUUUACGUGAAAGAUGUUGACUCCUUCUCUGCUUUAUUUGUUAAACAAUAUUGGCCCCAACAAAUUGGUGAACAAGCAUUUACAUUUCCUUCUAUGCCGUCAUUUCCACCGCCGUUAUCUAUGAUUAUGAAAAACGUUGAUCUUAUAGUGGAUUUAAAUGAAUUAUGUGCAGAAUUAAAUUCCUUAUAUCCGGAAAUUCAUAAUAUUAUCAGACUUAAAAAUAAAUAUCAAAACGACAUCAAAAUGAUGAAAAUUGAAAUUCUUUCGUCUUCAAAACGUGAUGCUUUGUUGAAGGAUGAAAGUAAGAAGAAUGAUGGCUAUCUGCUAGCUAAAGUAGAAGAACUAAUGAUGAAUAAUAAAGAAGUGAAAGACAAAUCAGAUUCAAAUGAAAAAUUAAUUAAGAAACUGAUUUUACCUUCAUUAGAUUUACUAUCUCAUUUUCUACAACAUAUUAAUUUAAAAGCAACUGGAAUUGAUAAUACCGACUUUAAAUAUAAAAUUCAAACUGUACGCGCACAAUUGGACAAUGCAUUGAAAGGUAAAAUUUUUUCAUGA